UCUCAAUCAAGCUCCCAUCUCUCAUCCAUCCCCCAUUUUUUUUAUCCAUCUACGCUAUCUAUACGUAUACCGCCAACUUUAGACUACCUUCCCCUAGUCGCUCGACUUGAUACACCGCUGUUGUUUGUUGUCUUAUCGUCUCACAGCCACCUCUCACCAUGCCUAGCGCCACGGGAGAGAACUGGGAGAAGUACCGAAAGACCUUCGCCGAUGAUGAAGAGCCGGAGAAGAAGAUUACACCUCUCACAGAUGAUGAUAUUGCAGUAUUGAAAACAUAUGGCGCCGCUCCCUACGCGAACGCCUUAAAGAGACUCGAGAAGCAGAUCAAAGACAAGCAAGCAAGCGUAAAUGAGAAGAUCGGUGUCAAGGAAUCCGACACCGGUCUUGCACCUCCGCACCUUUGGGAUGUUGCCGCAGAUCGGCAACGCAUGGCAGAAGAGCAACCGUUGCAGGUGGCCCGCUGUACGAAGAUUAUCCAAGAUGAGAAGGACUCGGACAAGAGUAAAUAUGUCAUCAAUGUGAAGCAGAUCGCCAAGUUCGUUGUCAACCUAGGAGAGCGCGUGAGUCCGACGGAUAUUGAGGAAGGCAUGCGGGUUGGUGUCGACCGGAAUAAGUACCAGAUUAUGUUGCCUUUGCCUCCUAAGAUCGAUCCCAGUGUGACAAUGAUGACUGUUGAAGAUAAGCCCGAUGUGACAUAUGGAGAUGUUGGUGGAUGCAAAGAACAGAUCGAAAAGCUGCGAGAAGUCGUCGAGAUGCCUCUUCUUUCCCCAGAGCGCUUUGUCAACCUCGGUAUCGACCCACCAAAGGGUGCACUUUUGUACGGACCUCCCGGUACUGGUAAGACCCUUUGCGCUCGAGCUGUCGCCAACCGAACCGACGCUACUUUCAUUCGUGUCAUUGGUAGUGAGCUGGUUCAGAAGUAUGUUGGUGAAGGUGCCCGGAUGGUUCGAGAGCUUUUCGAAAUGGCGCGGACGAAGAAGGCGUGUAUCAUCUUCUUCGAUGAAAUCGAUGCCGUUGGUGGUGCUCGUUUUGAUGACGGAGCUGGCGGUGACAACGAAGUGCAACGUACUAUGCUUGAACUGAUCACUCAACUCGAUGGAUUCGAUGCUCGUGGCAAUAUCAAGGUCAUGUUCGCAACAAACCGGCCGUCGACGCUAGAUCCUGCCCUGAUGCGUCCUGGACGAAUUGACCGCAAGAUCGAAUUCUCGCUUCCGGAUGUAGAAGGCCGUGCGAAUAUCCUCCGGAUUCACGCCAAGAGUAUGUCGGUAGAGCGGGACAUUCGGUGGGAGUUAAUAUCUCGUCUGUGCCCGAAUGCUACGGGGGCUGAGCUCCGAAGUGUUGCAACAGAAGCCGGUAUGUUUGCCAUCCGGGCACGCCGAAAGGUUGCCACGGAGAAGGACUUUUUGGCCGCGGUGGACAAGGUGAUCAAGGGCAACCUGAAGUUCAACUCGACAGCGACAUACAUGCAGUAUAAUUAGAUAAACGUUUCCCUUUCCUCUAAUUCUUGGGGUUACAUUGCAUGGUUGAAUGGAUGUGUAUGACCAAUUUUAGCUAGUGAUUCUAUUCUACGAAGGUUCUCAUAGUAGGAAUUCGCAUAUACCUGUAUUCGAAUUUUCAGAAUAUGAAUGCUGACGUCUAUUACCUUGAGCGAAAUAUCACAUGACUAUGACGGGUAAUAGAUUAUUUCAGCAAGACAUGGCCGACAUUGUCUUGUUCUAAUACUGUAGUGGCUCAAUCUGAUAUACAAGAAGCAGAAUCCCGUAAGGACUCUGGCUAUAUCGAUUCGAAAUGCAUGUUGGAUUCUCAAGGCUCGCAAUUCAUGCCAUCUCAUAUACAGCCCGUUUUACCGUCUGUCUCCGGAAUUCUUCGCUGCUGGCCGGGUUAAAAGAAGACCGGCCACGUGCCUUGAGAUACUCGGCCAAUCAGACGGUGCCGGCCGCCCGAGGUGAUUACCACUACGAGACCUCUCAUUGGCGGUCUCGGCCCCGGUCCUCCCCGUCGGCAAGUGAGAAAAGACUUAUGUCAGCCAGGAAUUCGGCCCAGCAGAACCGGCGAU